AUGUCGCUGCCUUCUGAUGCAUCAAAGCAAGAGUUCCUCAAGCAGCGUGAGAUGCGCAAGGAGCACUGGUUGCGAAGCUUCUGUGAGGAAGAUGCCGAGCACCGGCAAUUGCUGCACUGGCUGCUCGAAGAAGGCCUUAGCCGACCGGAGGACUUUCAGGACAGGGUGCAUCACGCACACCGCUUGCGCGAGCUCGGCAACAAGUGGUAUCGGUCAGAUGACUUUCGCAGGGCCUUGCACUGCAACUUGGGCGCCAUUCACGCGGUGGAUUUCACUCCGCACGAACAGAUGGACAUGACAGAUGAGCAGAGGCUUGCUGUUGCCCGAGAACUGUUGCCAGUUCUCAGCAACCUGGCGCAAGUCUUCUUGAAAAGAGGCGACUUUGGCAAUGUUGUCAAGGCAGCACACCUGGGCUUGCGAAAUGUAAACAAGCUGCCCGGCGACGAAGCAGAUCCGUUCAAAGCAAAGCUUCGCUACCGCAGAGCUCUUGCACUGGCGGAGCCAGGUCCGGAACAUAAUCUGGAAAGUUCCUUGGACGACUUGCGGGAAGCGGCACGAUUGAUGCCGACAAGUACGGAGAUCCGAAGUUGUCUUCACAAAUGCAAAGAGCUGCUGCACAAAGAACCUGGUGGGCCUGCCGAACAUGCCCAGGCCGAGGAGAAGCAAGUUUCGGGCCACGGCACCGGUGACCAGAAGCCACCGGCUCUCUCACCUGGCUUGGAGAUGUUUGCCAAAUGUGUCGGGCGCAGCCUUGCAAAGCUUAUUCAAUGUUGGACCUGCUUACAAAAAGCACGUGGUGGCAGGAUAUGUGCCAACCUAUGGAGAUUUGGCUUGGUGGCGCUUUCGUCAGUGCUGGUCAUGGCGCUGAGCCACGUGUUCUUCGCGAGAUAA